UUACCAAAACAGUAAAAAAAAUGUUUAUUGUCGGUGCCGUACAAACACCCCCUAUAAAAAAUUAUUGAAAAUGUUGUAAAAAUUGAGUGAAAUAAAGAACCAAAAUCUUAUAUUUGUCUGAAAGAAUCCAAUUUUCAAGUGAAACCAUUUUAUAUUAUGGAGAUUUCCAGAGGUGAAUGGAGUCCAUUCAAUUCAAUUCAAUUCCAUUUCAGUUUUUUAUUGAUUCAAUCAAGCACUUGGAAAGAGUAGUAGAAGGUGAUUCAAGCGGGAGGAGUAUGGUGGAUAAUUUCUUGAAAUUCGGCACCCCUUCGUUAUGUAAUUCCCUGCUACCAGUUCCUAUUCAAUUUUCUCUAUCAUCUUCAAGAUCCCUUCCCAUGGCGUCCCUCAAUUCCAUUAAUCCUGCUACCUCCGUUCAGCCUUCCGUUCUUGUUUUCUCAGGGGGGACUGCUUUCAAUGGUGUUGUUGAAGAACUUAAGAAGUUGACAACUUGUGUUGCCCAUGUUCUUCCUGUUUCUGAUGAUGGUGGAAGUACAGCUGAGAUUGUUCGUGUUCUAGGCGGUCCAGCAGUUGGAGACAUACGGUCAAGAUGCUUGAGAUUGUCUGACCAAAGUUCUUCUGAGGCUCUUGCAGUGCGGACCUUACUUGGUUAUCGUUUGCCUCUCGAUGCACAAGAAGCCAAAUUAGAAUGGUACGGCAUCGUAGAAGGGGAACAUCCUUUAUGGAAAGAUGUUUCAAAGCCCUACAGAGAAACAAUUCGUGCCUUUCUGGCCUAUUUCCAGAAUCAGAUCCUUCGAAGAACAAACGAGUCCUUUUGUUUUAGCAAUGGAAGCAUUGGUAACUUCUUCUUUGCAGGUGCACGUAUAUUCUUUCAGUCUCUGGAUGCUGCAAUAUUUUUGUUUUCACGUGUUUCCCAGAUUCCCACAGAAAGUCUGGUCCUUCCAGUGAUAUCCACCAACGACCGCCUUACUUUGGGGUGUGAAUUAUGGGAUGGAAUGAUAAUACGUGGUCAGAACGAGAUAUCUCAUCCGACUAGUGGAUCAUUGCAACUUAUAGAUAAGGUAAGCUCUUCCGCACUACCUUCAAGAAUAAAGCGGGUUUUCUACAUGUCUAGUGAAGGAAGCAAUUUAUUGCACGAGGUCUUCCCCUCUGUUAAUCCAUCUGUUCUAGAACAGUUGGGAAAUGUGGAUUGCAUUAUAUAUGGUAUGGGGUCCCUCUUCACUUCCAUCUGCCCCUCUCUGGUCUUACUAGGAGUUGGAGAGAUUAUAGCUUCAAGAUCAUGUGCAAAGGUACUUCUGUUGAAUGGUACUUAUGAUCGAGAAACUAGUGGAUUUACGGCCUCUUGCUUUGUUACUGCCAUCAUGGAUGCUCUAAAUAGAACUUAUGGGCAUCUCAAUAAUCGUCUAAAAAACAAUGCGAGUCAAUACAUUAACACCGUUUUCGUGCCAAAAGAUGGUCAAAUUCCUGUAGAUAUCAAAUGCUUGGCUGCCCAAGGAAUCGUUCAUGUGGUCCGUGUUGAAUCAAUGCAUGAUCCAAAGGUGGGCGUAGUCUAUGAGCCAACAGCUUUGAUACAAGCCCUUGGUGAAUUAUUAAGCGGAAUCACGAACAAGAUAAGCUGAGGUGACAUAAUAAUACCAAUCAUAGCAUACAGUUCAGCAUUCAAAGGUAUCAAAUUCUCCCACAACUCGACUCCUAACUUGAAUUUUACGUGUUCAAAAACUUUGUUAAGCGUCAAGAUAUGGCGUUUUGUAUCAAGAAUCGUUUCAUUUUGUAAAUUAUGAAGUAGAAAGGGUAGCGGAAAGUAAUUAGUUUGUAUAUUCUUGUGAAGAACUCAUGGCAGAAAGUAGUUGAACAGAAUAUAUGUAUUUAAGCAACAUUUCUUGCUUCAGUUUCCGCAACAAGACGACUAGUUUUGAUGUAUAUCGGGCCCUUUUUGUCUUUGAAAAUGAAUCGAUUGAGAUUUGGUAUACAUUACGAAAUGGAUUGCUAUAAAAAAAGUCUACAAUCCUUGGAAUACAAAGCUCUUUUUGGAGAUAUAUCGUUAUGCAUGUCGUAGAGAUGUCCAAACACCGAAGCCUAGGCCCGUGAUAGGUCUAAACGCCUUUUUUUCUUGAAGCCUGCAAAAGCCCCAUCGAUCCCAUUUUCACACCCGAAACAUGGGCCAGUCCAACUGCUUGAGCUUGAAGCCUGAAAAUGUCCAAGUUAUUUUUAGCUUAAUGAAAAUGGCUUGGAAGACCCUUGCUAGAAAAAGCCCAGAUUUUAUGCAUCUCUAUGCAUAUGGGAUCAUUCUAUGUUCCAUUUCUACGUUUGCUUUUGUAUUUCCUCGUUCAAGUUUUGAGCCUUGGUGGCUCGUAUUUUAAAUCAGAAGCUUGCCGAGGUCACACCUACCAGCUCGGCAAGGCUCAACUGUUUAGGCUCGAGGUAUUAAACUCUUACUCAAAGAUACCUUCCGUAAAAGCUUGUUUCCACUUGAGAUGGCUUUUCCCACCUCCAGGUUAAGAAGUUCUGUAAAAAGGGUAUGGAUGUCAUCCUUAGAAACGUAGUCCUAUUCUACUUCUACUGAUUACACGAUCAUCAUGAAAAGGUAAAUCAUCUGUUCCAUAUAAUCAAAAUAAGAAUGUUCUGAAAAAAACUUUAAAAAUUAAAUAAAAACCUGAAAAUGAAUUCAAAGCUCACAUGUAAACACUAUACAGGCUAUGAACUCAUUUUAUGAAAGUCUGAAUAGGUUUAUAAAAAUUAAUAUAUAAAAGUAACAAUUUGUAAAAUAU